AGUCCAGAUUCCCUCUUCUUGUGUCCGGUGACAGUGAAGCUACACGUGUAGACAACAGGACAAAUACAAGAGACAGACAGAAACGAGAUGUCCUGUGCGGAAACUUCAGCGCUUAAAGGACGAGUAGCUCCGGUGCCAUUACGCACAGCUCCCCGGUGCGCAUAGUCUGACCCCCGUGCGUAAUGUUGUAUGGACCGACCCUCCGCGACCCGAUGCGACUCGUCGACCCGAGGCACCUCCCGCAACUGAUGUCCCUGGAGGACCAUGAGCCCACCAUGGUGGGAGGGACCAUGGGGCCGCACAACUCCACGCCGGUGGGGGAGGAAGGGGCUCCGGGUCAGCAGCACCACUCCUUCCCCUGGGCGGUGACCCUGCUGGCCGGCGUCCUCAUCACGACCAUCGUGGUGGAUGUUAUCGGGAACCUGCUGGUCAUCGUGUCCGUGUUCAGGAACAAGAAGCUCAGGAAAGCAGGAAUCCCUGAACGAUUAGAGGUGGAAAACAGGAUGAAUCGUUCCCCUUUUCUCAUUAUUCUUCUCUCCACCUCCUCAUUCAUCUGAUCUUCCUCCAUCUUCUCUCUUAUCUCCCUCUCU